AUGCCCCUCGCACCCUUGAAAUCCCUCCAACUAACCCUCCGCCUCCUCUCCCUCGCCGGCACCCACGCCACCUUCCUAACAACCCUCUACCUAACCCUGCACCCCAUCCCCUUCACCACCCUCCCCGCCGACAACGCCGCCCUCCUCUACAUCUCCCUCGCCGUCCUCCUCGUCCUCGACAACGCCGAGAUCCUGGCGCUUACCGCGACCCCCGGCGACGGCAUCAAGCGGCUGGCCUUGUAUCCGCUGGUGGCGUGCGAGGCGGUGGCGCUCGUGCUACCGAUGGUGGCGGCGUUUGUGGAGUUUUUUGUUCCCGGAGAUGAUGACUAUGGGAUUGGGAGAAGGGCGGAUGGGUACGGGUGGAGGAGGGAGGUUGGGAGGGUUAGGUGGGGUUGUGUGGGUGGUGUCAUGUAA